AUGUGUGUGCUCGUUUUUGUAGCUAACGCAUUCAACGAAAGGCGGAGUUAUCACCAAGGUGAUGGAGCUACGGCAGCGGCAGGCGCGAAAGCUGCACCGCCAAAGGACCCUCUGCCGAAGGUCCCUUGCCUGGAAGCGUUGGCUGAACUGAGACACGCCAAAUGGUUCCAGGUUAGAUGUUCAAACUUACAGUCUGCUGCAAUAACCUUACGUAUUUUACGCGAUGUUCGUCAGCGUGUGCAAACAUGGCAGCCAUUGAGAGCUUGGAUGACAGAAUUGCUAGUUGAGAAGGUUUUAUCAUCACUUGGUGCUCCAUUGUCUCCCGGUGAUGCUGUCCGUCGCGUUUUUGAAGCUGUUGCAUCUGGUAUUUUAUUCUCAUGUGGACCUGGGCUUAUUGACCCGUGCGAAAAGCAGUCAGUUGAUGUGCUUACGGAGCUUACCGGACAACAGCGGGAAGAUAUCACAUCCAGUUCACAGCAUGCGUUACGUCUCAUCGCUUUCAAUCAAAUGUAUAAAGUGCUCGCAGUCGAUCGUUUGCCUGACAUUCGAAAUAGCUAUGGCAGUGGUAAUAGUACUAGCAGCACUGGAAGCGGAAAUGUUUUAAAUGAUCGCAAACGUCCACGUGAUUCUAACGCAAGCCUCGAUGAUGGUGAGGUUGUCGGUUAG